GCCUCUUGCACCUGCUGGCCAUGUGAGCCAGCCCUGGGAGCAGCUGCCAGAGCCAUUUGCACCACCUCCCACAGCAUGCUGGGGGCAGCUGUGGAGCCACCUGCCUGAAGAAAGCCUUAAGCCCACCCAUCUGGGUGGCCACACUCACAGCCAGCUGCCUGGGCCCUGCUGGACCCUGACUGACACCUGCAGGUUCAGGUGCCAGCCCCUGAGAUGCAUCCACUCUGGAGGUUCUUGGUCCUCCUCCUGGGAUUGCUAGUCUUGCCCUCAGCCCUGCUCAAGCAGCCUUGGCCUGGACUGACCACAGCCCACAAGGAUGGAAGGUCCACCCUAGAAAGAAUCAUUGCACAGGGCCUCCUGAAGCACAACGCUGAAGGCCGGAUCCAGAGCGUGAGGCUCCUGGACCGCCUGAAUGUCUCAGGGAUGGCAGCCCCAGGGAUGGUGGGCUGGCUAAUUGGUGGCAUGAACUUCCAGCAGCAGCAAGAGAUCAGCAUCAACAUCACCAAUGUGCAGCUGGACUGUGAUGGGAUCCAGAUGGCUUUCCCUAAAGAGUGGUUCUCCGCAAACAUCACACUGGAAUUUGACGUUGAAUUCCAACUGCCCUUCAAUUCAAACAUCAUCAAGACGCAUGCCCGCAUGGGCCUUGCUGCAGAGUCCUGGCUGGAGAAAGAUGAGUUUGGCCGGAGGGAGCUGGUGAUGGGCAGAUGUCACAUGGAGCCCAGCAGUGAGGGUGCAUCCAUGUCCACUGAGGAAGUCCCACCUAAGAUGAAGCAUUUUCUCCACAACCUCCGAGAAAGCCUGGGGAAAGUUAUCCCGAACCUAGUAGAAAGUCAGGUAUGUCCUCUGAUCGGUGAGAUCCUCCGGCAGCUGGAUGUGAAGCUGUUGAAAGGCCUUGUGGAACAGGUGGCUGCUCAUAAUCUUGGUCAACUUUGAAUCAGUCAAACCUCUUGGGUGCCAGGCUCAAGGGGCCAGCCUCCUGCUGCCUGCCAUUGGUCAGAAGAAGGUACUUCUGGUUGAGACCUUAGGUCUCUCUUAAUGUGGGUAUUCUGCUGUUCCCUAGAAACAUGACCCCCAGGUUCCAAGACAUCCUGUCCUCUCCAAAACAAUAAACUCUAACUCUGAAGGAUA